AACUCAUAACUCUCAGAUAAGGCAAGAACGAGCUGAUGGACAGCAAUAUUUGCUUUUAUUUAUGAGCUAUGAUUUCUAUGCGGAAAAAAUGAAAUAAAAUAAGUGCUACUUAAGUUUAAUCAGACUGACAAACAGUACAGGGAAGCCGAAAAAGGCACUGCGCAUGCGCACUGGAAUCGCCACGCUGUUCAAACGCUGUUUUUCGCUGUUGGCGGGAACAACAACAACAAUAACAACAACAAAAUUUCUGACUUUCUGACUGAAGAGCUUGGUUGAACUCAAUCUAAGAAAAUGUCUAAGAAGAAAGGCCUAAGUCUGGAGGAGAAAAGAAGCCGUAUGAUGGAGAUAUUCUUUGAAACGAAAGACGUGUUUCAGCUAAAGGAUAUUGAAAAAAUCGCCCCAAAAGCUAAAGGAAUCACCCCCAUGUCGGUGAAAGAAGUGCUGCAGAGCCUGGUGGACGACAACAUGGUGGACUCGGAGAGAGUCGGAACCUCGAAUUAUUUCUGGGCUUUUCCGAGUAAAGCUCUUCACGCCCGCAAACGCAAACUGGAGGAUCUGGAGAAACUGCAUGAGGACGGAAAGCAGCGGCAAGCGGCUCUUCAGCAGGCCAUUAAAAAAGCCAAAGAGGGACGACAAGAUACUGAGGAAAGAGCGACUCUUCAUAAGGAGCUCAUGUCUCUGAGAGAGCAGAAAGAAACACUACGUGCUGAGCUGGAAAAAUAUAAAGAGUGUGAUCCAGAAGUGGUGGAGGAAAUGCGUAAAGAGAACGUUACAGCGAAGGAAGCCGUGUCCAGAUGGACUGAUAAUGUGUUUGCUAUCAAAUCAUGGGCCAAGAGAAAGUUCAGCUUGGAUGAUAAUCGAUUGGAUAAAGCCUUCGAGAUUCCAGAAAACUUCGACUACCUGGAUUGACCAUGCACACACAUACAGACACACCUUAUAAAUACAUGUUAUAUAUUUUUUGCUCAAAUGCUAUCCAUGUAUAUAAGUUAAUAUAAAUAAACAUAAACAAAUGUCAUGUUAUUUCCAGAGAAAAGAAGUAAGCUGUAAAUACAAAGUGUGUUCUGUUUCGUUGGUAAAUUUGUGUGUAUAUAGUAAAUUUUGUUACUGAUGUUUUGCACUGGAGCUACGAGGCUAAUGCAGAUUAUAGCUUCCCGUUUAUCACAUAACCUUUAACAUGUCAAUAUUACGUUUCAUACGUUGGUCACAGGUUAAGUUAAGCUUAGUCUUGGAUUUAGACUCAGACGUUUGGAUGGUGAAAUGAAUUCUGGGUAAAACUUUUGGAGAUGUUUUGCUUUUUUGCUGAACAAAUGUCAUCUUACAGCCUCUAAUAAUUAAUUUUGUAUUAUUUCUGUUCUAUGCUUGUACUUGUUGUGCCUGUAUUAUUUUGGUCUGUAAAAUAAAAUGUCCUUCCUCCCACUGA